AUGCCUUCCUUGACUGCUCUCGCGGGCCUCCUCGCUCUGGUUCCCUCGGCACUGGCUGGCUGGAACCCAGACUCGAAACAAAACAUUGCCGUGUACUGGGGGCAAAACUCGGCCAACUCGCAAAGCACCCAGCAGCGCCUCUCGUUCUACUGCAAUGAUGACAAUAUCAACGUCAUUGAAAUCGCCUUCUUGAACGGCAUCAACCCCCCCAUGACCAACUUUGCCAACGCCGGUGACCGAUGCACCCCCUUUUCCGACAACCCCUGGCUCCUGAGCUGCCCCGAGAUUGAAGCCGACAUCAAGACCUGCCAGGCCAACGGCAAAACCAUCCUCCUCUCCCUCGGCGGCGACACCUACUCGCAAGGCGGCUGGGCCUCCCCCGAGGCCGCCCAGGACGCCGCCGCCCAGGUCUGGGCCAUGUUCGGCCCCGUCCAGUCCGACAGCUCCGCGCCGCGCCCCUUUGGCGACGCCGUCGUCGACGGCUUCGACUUUGACUUUGAGUCCACGACCAACAACCUCGUCGCCUUUGGCGCGCAGCUCCGGACUCUCAGCGACGCCGCCGCCACCGACAGCAACAAGAAGUUCUACCUGGCCGCCGCGCCGCAGUGCUUCUUCCCGGACGCCGCCGUGGGCCCGCUCAUCAACGCCGUGCCGAUGGACUGGAUCCAGAUCCAGUUCUACAACAACCCGUGCGGCGUGAGCGCGUACACGCCUGGCUCCGAGCAGCAGAACAACUACAACUACCAGACGUGGGAGGACUGGGCCAAGACGAGCCCCAACCCCAAUGUCAAGCUCCUCGUUGGAAUCCCUGCUGGUCCGAAUGCCGGCCAUGGAUACGUCUCCGACGCGCAGCUCAAGUCCGUCUUUGAGUAUUCGAAGAAGUUUGACACUUUUGCUGGCGCCAUGAUGUGGGACAUGUCCCAGCUGUACCAGAACAGCGGCUUUGAGGACCAGGUUGUCGACGCUCUGAAAUAAAUAACGGCAAAGUGUUUGGCGAUACUCGAACUGGAACAGGUGGCUGGUACGUGAUGGUAGGUAGGUUUUGAAUAGAUGUAUACAUGUCCUGUUUUCCGAUGUCUACUAUAUAGUAGCAUUAUUUCCCUUCUUUUUUACUAUAUAUAGCUCCGUUUUCUUUUUAGAUUGAAUUGAUUAUACAUUGUCUCAU